CACAUUUUCCUCUCCCUCCUCUCUCUACUCAUUUUUCCCUUCUCUCUCUACUGGUGUAGAGAGAGAAAGUCACCAUCUUCCCCUUCUCUCUCUAGUCCAUUCCGGGGAGAAAGAAGUAUCCUUUCUCUACUCAGUGGGAAAAAAUAGUCAGCCCUCGUUGCAGUAUUUUAGAGAGAGAAAGCGGCCAUUGUUACUCUGCAGAACCAGCAAAAGAGAGAGAGAGAACGAGCACCCGUUUGAUAUCACAUUCUAGAGAGAGAGAGAGAGAAAGGAAAUGGAUGCUACGCCGAAAUUCGUGCUGCCGGAUACAUUCAACGGCGUGAGAUCGGAGAUCACGGGACAAAUUGGGAUGAUAUGGGAGCUGGUGAAGGCUCCGGUGAUAGUGCCUCUGCUUCGUUUAGCGGUUUAUCUCUGUUUGGCGAUGUCUCUCAUGCUUUUGAUGGAGAGGCUUUACAUGGGAAUCGUCAUCAUCCUCGUCAAGCUUUUCUGGAAAAAACCCGACAAACGCUACAAGUUUGAACCGAUUCAAGACGACGAAGAAUUCGGUAGCUCGAAUUUUCCGGUGGUUCUUGUCCAAAUCCCCAUGUUCAACGAACGAGAGGUAUACAAGCUGUCCAUAGGAGCAGCUUGUGGGCUAUCGUGGCCGUCGGAUCGUCUUGUGAUUCAGGUUUUGGAUGAUUCAACGGAUCCUACGGUUAAGCACAUGGUGGAAAUGGAGUGCCAAAGAUGGGCAAGCAAAGGGGUAAACAUAGUUUACCAGAUAAGAGAGACCAGAGGUGGAUACAAAGCAGGCGCCCUGAAGGAAGGCCUCAAACGAAGCUACGUCAAACACUGCGAGUACGUCGUCAUUUUCGACGCCGAUUUCCAACCCAAACCCGAUUUUCUCCGCCGUAGCAUCCCUUUCCUCAUCCACAACUCCGACAUCGCCCUCGUCCAGGCCCGUUGGCGAUUCGUGAAUGCGGAUGAAUGCUUAUUGACGAGGAUGCAGGAGAUGUCAUUGGACUACCAUUUCAAGGUAGAGCAAGAAGUUGGAUCUUCAACUCACGCCUUCUUCGGCUUCAACGGGACCGCGGGAAUAUGGAGGAUUGCGGCGAUAAACGAGGCCGGAGGGUGGAAGGACCGAACCACCGUCGAAGACAUGGACCUUGCCGUCAGAGCCAGUCUUCGAGGCUGGAAAUUUCUCUACCUCGGUGAUCUUCAGGUGAAAAGUGAGCUGCCGAGUACAUUCAAAGCCUUCCGAUUCCAGCAACAUAGAUGGUCAUGUGGACCUGCCAAUCUCUUCAAGAAAAUGGUUAUGGAGAUCAUCUCUAACAAGAAGGUGAGAUUCUGGAAGAAAGUCUAUGUGAUCUACAGCUUCUUCUUCGUCAGAAAAAUCAUUGCCCAUUGGGUCACGUUCUGCUUCUACUGCGUCGUCCUCCCUCUUACCAUUCUUGUCCCUGAAGUUGAAGUCCCCAUGUGGGGUUCUGUCUACAUCCCUUCCAUCAUCACCAUCCUCAAUUCCGUCGGCACCCCCAGGUCGAUUCAUCUGCUGUUCUACUGGAUUCUAUUCGAGAAUGUGAUGUCACUGCACCGAACAAAGGCGACUCUCAUCGGACUGCUCGAUGCAGGGAGGGCUAACGAAUGGGUCGUGACGGCUAAGCUCGGCAGUGGCGUGAGCGCCAAGGUAUCUAAUGCUAAAGGCGUCAAGAAACUUACCCGAUUCUUCAAAUUGCCCGACAGAUUGAACACAUUGGAGCUGGGAUUCGCGGCGUUCUUGUUCGUGUGCGGAUGUUACGAUUUCGUACAUGGGAAGAACAGCUACUAUGUCUACCUGUUUCUUCAGACAGCUUCGUUCUUCAUCACUGGAUUCGGUUGGGUCGGAACUUAUGUCUGAAUCGUACGUCUUCGUACAAAGAAGCCAAUCUGAAAGGAAGACAAAAAGAUUAUUCAAAAUGAUUCAAGCAAAUGGAGGGAAUUUUUCGUUGAAAAAUGAUGGAGGAAAAGGGUUUUAAGGGGAGAUUUGAAGGGUUUUAUUUAUUUGGAUUUUUGUAAUUUUACUUUUAUGCCUUUUUUUUUUGUUUUCGCAAUUCGUUAGCUGUUGGUUUAGGGUUUUUGGGUGUGGGGGAAUAAUGUUAUGUUUAAUUUCGAAGGGUCGAAACAAGUUGUAACCCUAAAAUCCCUAUAAUUUAAAUUCAAUUUAUAUCCAAUUUGGAAGUA